AGCCGUGGCUCAAGCAGAGCUCCAGAUUUUGCCCCAGCAAACGCCAUGCUAGCUCGGGCGGCUUGGAGGCGCGCUGGCGCCGCUCUCGGCGGCCCAGCCUUGCGCGGCUUCGCUGCGUCGCCGCUGGAGUCUACGGCAAAGCUGUAUGAAGAGAUCGUGGACAAGUCCCUGAAGGAGUUCCAGGCCAAUGAAAAGACUGUAUCUGCAGAUUUGGACGCAGAGAUUUCUAGUAGCAAGGUGGUGCUCUUCAUGGAAGGCACGCCUGAUGCACCAAAGUCUGAGCCGAGCCUGAACGCGGUGAAGAUGCUCACCGAAGCGCAGGUGGUUCCCAUGACUUCUGUGAACGUUUUGGCCCACCCGGCCAUCCUUGGCUAUACCGUGUCUAAGACGCAGAAGCGACGGACGCCACAUUUGUACGUCAACGGCAGCUUCUAUGCCGACUAUGAUGGGCUCAUGUCCCAACACACCUCAGGCCAACUGAAGAAGCUGGGAACAGAGGCAACAAAGAGCACUGGCACCAUUGGGGGCGAGCUGCCUAUUGCCACCUACUGAGGCGCACUGUUGUGCUCUAUGACUGGAAGUAGUAGAUGAGUGCGCAUUGAACAUGUCCCGACUGUGAAAACGUGAUGCUGAUGAUGAAACCCUUGA